AUGUCUCUUUUAAAUGACUCUGCCAUCAUUCAUCCUCCAGGCUUCUAUAUCAUCGGGUUCCAGACAUUUCCCUACAUCAGUGUCUACAUCAUCUUUAUGGCGUUUGUCUAUUUGGUCACAGUCGUGUUCAAUGUGUUAUUGAUGUGCAUAGUCGCUUUUGACGAGAACUUACACACCCCUAAGUUUUUAGCAGUGGUCAACCUCGCAGUAAUUGAUGUGAUGUUGAACACAAGCACAAUUCCCAGCAUGAUUAAGACGUUCCUCUUUAAGGACAACUUUGUUCCCUUCAAUCUCUGUCUGGUGCAAAUGUUUGUUCACUAUGUCAGUUUGUCUCAGGAGUCUUACGCGCUCGCUAUACUCGCCUACGACAGGUUGAUUGCAAUUUGCUUCCCUCUGAAGCAAAACAUUUUAAACACACGGCCAAUCAUGCUUUGCAUUGUCAGUCUGACAUGGGUUUACAGCGCAGGAUUGCUUUCGUACAGCACGUCUAUCAUGACUCGACUGUCUUUCUGCGGAUCUGUCAGAGUGUUCAGCUACUUCUGUGACUAUGCGCCGGUGUUUAGACUCGCCUGCAAUGAUAUCUCACUGCAGUGGGCCGCAGCUUCAGCUUCUUUGAUGAAUUUGUUUGGCCCCUUGUCUUUUAUAUUUCUGUCCUACGUCAGCAUCCUUGUGACCGUGUUCAAGAUGAAGUCAGUGGGCAGCAGGAUGAAAGCACUCACCACUUGCAUUGAGCACCUCAUUCUUGUGGCUAUAUAUUAUGUUCCUAUAAUCACCAUUUACAUAGUUGGGCUCUUUGUACGAUCUAUUGAUCCAGACCAGCGAGUGCUCAGCCUGUCGCUCGCCUCUUGUCUCCCCCCCUGCAUUAAUCCCAUUGUCUACUCAUUGAAAACAAAGGAGAUCAAAACCAGAAUUGUGGCUCUGGUGUGGAGAGUGAAAAUAAACCCUUGA